AUGAGAAAUUCACCAUUAUCUAGACUAUCAGAGUAGCGAUAAUAAGGGAAGAAUUCCUCGAAUUUUUCUGAUUUGACAGUUUAAGAAUCAAGCAAUUAUCGUUUAAGAUUCACACCUUUAGGCUCACCGUCGGCUAGGCACAAAGGAACAAUUGUAAUGAAAAGUCACGAAACAAUUAUACUGAAUAUGUUGUCGUCGACUCAUAGACAAAUAGAUCAGCCAUUUAAGGCUUGUUAAGAAUGCACUCAGGAUUUUGGUAUGGUUCACCAAUAUUGUCAGUGCAAGGGAAUCACAUAUCACGAAAAGUGCAUUUAGGAUACAGCCAGGAAGAAUGCCAAGAAAUAGAAGGAGUAAGCAUUUAUUUGCAAAAAUGAAUGCUCCUAUCCAUUCCAAAUCAAUGGAUACUACAUGUAUGAAAUGGUGUAGAAUUAGGAGAAACAUUAAUACAAUUGGGAAGUGGCUCAUUCUUACAAUAGUGAUCGCCUUCCUUGUGUUACUGUUUUUGGUGAUUGGUAUUGUCUUGUUUCGAGAUGUAUUCAACAGUGUUGA